AUGGAGAUGCGCAUCGUCACGCCGUUCGACCCGAUCACGAGCCCGUACGACGACAUCUUCAACUCGCUCGAGCCCGUCGGAAGACAUGUGUUCAUGGACCAACUAAAACAGGGCAUUCUGCCGUACCUGCGCCUUGCGGGCGAGUCGGAGUGGCUGGGUCUGCCAGUAACCUCGCACCAGGUGACCGCUGUCCCGGCCAAGUUCCCUGCGUCCAUCGUCCCGCACGACGCCAUCACGGUCGACAACUCGGCGUGGGACGAAUUGUUUGAUUGUCGAGAAAGUGACCUGCCCCGCAUUCUAUGCAACCAGCUUGAUCGGUCAUGCCACGCCGAGCUCUCGCACCUGGUUAUCGACACGACGGGCGACGCGAGUCUCUGGCGCCCGCAACAGCCGCCGCCGGGCACCUUUGGGUCGCUCGUCAUCUUGCUGCCGUCGUACGUCGAGGGCGGGGAGUCUCGUUUGCCGCUGUCAUUUGCGGCUUUUUACAACUCGACUGCGAUGCACAUGGCGCUAAUUCUCUCGGGUCACGUCGUCGGUCUCGUCUACAAUCUUGUGGGCAGUGAUGUGUCGACUCCCGUCGUCGCGCCGUCGCUUCCGGUGGCUGCCAUUGACGCGCUCUCGGCGUUGGCGCAGGCGGCGGCACCAACGUCUCCGGUGCUCGGACUUCACUUAGACCUCCAGAUCGAUGCAAAGCUGCGCGAUCUGCGCACAUGUGACUUGCCAUUCCUCAUCGCGUUGCUGGCCACCGAUUCGUACGACGUGGUUCUCGCCCAGGUUCAUGUGGGCGAGAAUGGGGCAUCCAUCCGGGAAUUGCGUAAAAUCGCCCACUUUGUCAAUGGGCUUCUGGUCCACCAAGACAACGAAGGCGCGACCAAGCUCAAGGCACUGCUCUUUUGGCCCAAAGUCGCCCGCCUCACUCAUUUUCACAUGUAUUUUUCAAGCAUGAGUGAGAGCGACCGUGAAGACUUCUUCUUCCCUGGCCUCAACGACGAACGCGCAAAGCUCGCUAUGGCUGUCGACGUGGCAGCCCAUGCACCCUUCUGUGCGAGCUCACUAGAAGCGCUCGGGACGCGGCUGACGGCGCUGGGCAACCUUGAUCUCAUCCAUCGCUUCCUCAUGUCGGCCAUUUACACCAACAUCUAUGCGUGGAGCACCACGUUUGCGCCGUGGAUCGCGGUUUGGCUUCAACGCUUUGGACCAGUGCAGUUCGGAACGACCUUGAUCGCCUUGAUGACGCCGCUGCCGCAAGAGGCGCAAACCACUUGUAUCGCACGCAUCUCGCUUAUUGCGAGCCUCGCGGGUGCAACGACAACGCCGAUCUGCGACGCCGUGACGCAGCCCUUCACGCGCGACCUCACUCUUGCGUGCGCCAGCGCUCUUUUGAACGGUCUCGUGGACGCCACGCUGGUCUGCUCGGCCGUCGGAAUCCGCCAUGCCAUCGAACUCGAUGUGUACUUGCGGUCGGCACCAAGUAGCGCGUCAUCCUGGCUCGCGCACCGCGUGUCGCCGCCACUUGCAGAAACGAUCGAGGCCUUCUUGAGACCGCCAUCGCUCAGCGCCGUCGUUUGCGCGCAUUGGCGUCGGUUGGCCGACGAGCCGCCACACCGCGCGAUCGUUUUCAGCACCGUCGUCACCGGCAUCGCACCGCUGCUGGCGCAAGAUCCAGUGAAGCCAGACGUCGAGCCAUUUGUGUCGCUGGUCAAGUAUCUUUUCGUUUUGCAUUUUGCCAAGUGCUUGACCAACGACGUGGUACCAGGCUUCUGCAACACGGACGUGGCACGCAUGACGCUCGUCCUCGCCAAGCUCGUGACCAACAGCAAGUUCUACUACCAUACUCGAAAAACGCUGCUGGAAGUGCUCCAACUGCUGCACGACAUGGCGCCGGCCCGCGCCAUCUCGUUUAUCCGCAAGUGGCUCAAGACGCGUUCCGAUAUGACCAAGGCGAUACACGACGUGGUGUAUCCGCUGCUGUUGCACUCGCGCGAUGCGCUGCCGCGCCGCGUCGUCGAGCUCAUGGCCGACGCGUGCCUCGGUCACUUUCGCAGCCAACCCAUUGUGGACGACCCGAUGCCCGUGGAAGAGCUUCGCCUGCCCGCUUGUUGUCGCUGGUGCACCGAGUUCAAUGCGUUCUUGCAAUCACGAAUGCAAGAACUUUAUCGCGCCGUGUGGACAGACGACGACGUGGCGUGCCCCAACGUCUUCGCUUUUGCCGAAGCGCAUCAUGAUCGAUUCAAGGUCGACGACCCCGUGACGUCGGGUGCGCGUCACGGGCGUACCAUUCACAUACUGAGACCACUACCGCCAAUGGACGUACCGACAAUGACGGCCAACCUCGAAGCAUGGCGGAUCGCAGCGCUGCCCGCCGCCAUGAAGCGCAAGCAUGACGCGAUCGACGCGUAA